AGUGUUUGUUUUUUAUUUAUAAUUAACUAUAAUUAAAUUAGUUCCUGUUAAAAAUAAACAAGUUUCUGAAUAUUUUUGAAUAAUAAUGUAAAAACGUAUGCAGUUAUGUACAUAUAUAUGCGCAUAUGUAUUAUAUUAUUAGUAAAAUGUAUUAUAUUAUUAGUAAAAGUUUAUUUCAUGCAUCAUAUAAUACAAGAUAAUUUCUUUUUUUUUUGUACGUUUAAAUAUAAAAAUUUCGAAUGGUAAAUUGCAUCGGGAAAUAAGAAAUAUAAACAUUCUAUGGAGCGAUAAAGGAAUAAGAGUAUAUAAUAAAAUUGAUGGCACGCAUCAUCAUUCGUAUCAUUCCAUGUGCUCAUCAGAACGGAGAGGGUCGUGCACUUGAUAUUGAAUCGUUCGUGCGUAAUCGUAAGUAUUCGGAAUGGAUCGGGAGUGAUCGUUAGAAUUCGACAGUAUUCGAUGAGUUGCGGUACACGGAGCGCAAUACGGCCGCCGGAGCCCCCUUGCGAUAAACAGUGGUGCCAUCUAACGGAACACCUCCCGUCUUCUCUAUGACUGCAAUCGUUGCAUGGAGUCAGUCGUUUCACGAAUACCGCGGGUGGUUUGCGGGAAGGCUCGCUGCCGCCUUUAGCCGUUGCGCGACGGAUCGUCCGUCGUUUCGCGGUCCGAGGUUCGUCCGCGUGUCUUCGACCACCUUUCCCGCCUGGAUUCUUGUGCAAUUUUACUUGUCGAUUUGAGUGACAAUCGCGAGCGAUGUAAUCGUACCCUGACGUCACGAGGCUAAUCAAGUGCACACACGAACGCAAAUACAGGCGCGCGCGCGCCUGUUAUUCGUAUUCGUAUACACGGAUGGUGUACGUAGCCACGCUCGCUAUACUACAUACAAUACGUAUAGAGCUGUACAUACAGCUAAACUGAUACAGAACGAAGGAAAAGGAAAUAGCGAGAUCGUGAAAGACAGAGGAGAAGAAACGGAAACAGAGAGAUAAGAAAGAAAGAGAGAUAUAUAUGUGCGUAUACAUAUAUAUGUAUGUAUAUGUGUAUAUAUAUAUAUAUAUAUAUAGUUGCGUAGCAAGAGAACGGUAAUAGAGAAAAAGGGGUGAGGCAUAAAACAUAUACACGGAGGACAAAUUAUAUUUGCAUAUUCUAUGUAGACUCUACAAGUCUUACCUUUAUAAAACAUUAUGCGCAAAUAUUGCGAAGAAAAAGUUGAAAUGGUAAAAGUAUCGACAUUUUUUUCAUUUGCAAUGUUCGACCAUCGAUUUUUCUCGAACGAUAUGUUUUUGUAUCUCGGUAAAGGAUUUCACGUUUUCGACACGUGUGAGACAAGGCUAUAAAAUAGAAUAAAGAAGAAGAAAGAAGAAAAAGAAAAAGAAGAAGAAGAAGUGAGAAAGAAGUAUCUACAUCUCGUGGCGCCCCGUUGUGUUUUUCUACGGAAAACUGCGCUCGCAACCAGCGUGAACUUUCAAAGUGGAAGAAAACGUUCGGCAAACCCAGAGUAAAAAUUUCUUCAAAAACGAUAAACAAAAAACAAAAGAAAAAAUUAAUUUGUACGCGCUUCAUCUUAUCUGAUUGAUAAAAUGAAAUGAAAUGAGUGAAGAAGCAAACGAAGAAGUUUGAAGUAGAACGAACUUGGAUGAACAAACAAGUUUUAUUCCAGUCGAACCGGUCAGUGAGUGUAAUAUAAUUUUUGUGCGUUAUCAUUGGGAUAUUUUUUUUUUCUUUCUUUUUUUUUUUUUUUUUUCUUAUGUGAAUUAUUAUCACAUGUGAGUAUAGAAGUGUGUACAUGAUUGCGGGUGUUGUACCUUGUUUGUGCGAUAAUAAGAAAGUGGGAUCUCUAUGUUCCGUUUUUAUUAACUUGUCGGACGGUCCACUGCUUUGAGAGUCAAGUUCGUCGCGCUUCGCUGUACGCGCUGUGCCUGGCGCGCACAUAGGAUCGGCAAGAUUACGAAGAAUUGUAACAAACUUCAAGAAGGAUGAAAAGAAUUAUGGAAAACUCAAAAUUCCAGCAAGACGAUUCCCAAAAGAUAUAAUAGCCGUCAGAUAAUUGGCAAUUGAGAUGUCCUCUGCUUAGUAUCUUGGUGAGAAUUGCCUGUCAUUGAAUAUUUAUAAGCGAUUCCAGAUUUGGAGGAUAAACGGAAAACCGAUCGUUCCUGAAUAGUAGCAACGACAAGCUAAAAAAAUAAAAUAUCUAGGGUUUCUAUUUUUCGCCAGUAGAUUACGCAUACGGUUAACGAAUCUGUCUAUAUAUACGUGAAUAAGUGAGAAAGUGGCGUGUCGAAAAGUGAAUCUGAUGUUCGAGGGCGAAAAGGAAACGACGAUAGUGACGGUGCUCGGUCGAUAAAUAGAGUUAUAUAAAGUGCAGAAAGAAGAUCAAAGAAGAAAAAUGUGUACUUAAUCUUGAUUUUUUUCGCGAGUGAUUUUACAUUGGUGAUGUGAACAGUGUCUAUUGUAAAGAACAUCUCGAAUGUCGGUAAAUAAAGAAGCAUAUACGAUUGAACGAUGCAAUUAAGAACGUGUAUUCGAUUAGUGAGUGUCGGUCGAGAAAAAAAAACUAUUCGUUUUGAUUGAUUUUUUUCUUAUUUCACAUUGAUACAAACGGGUGACGAAACGAGAAAUAAUUGAGAGUGAAAUGAAUUAUUAUUUUUUUCAUUCGUCAUUUUGCAAACUCCCAUUAUGUACUUGAUUUUGAUCAUAGUUUGGAAUUUGACGUGAAAAGAAAAGAAAAGAAAAAAAAGAAGCAAAGUUUUCGUGUUGAAGAAAGGAAAGAUUUCAAAAAUUUGUCACAUUGGAAAAGUGUUAGUGAUAAUAGUGGGUGACGUUUAUUGAUUCGCAGUGGUGAUAUCUUUAUUAUUUGAUAUCCAUAUUAUUGGUUGUAAAGGUAUGGUGAAAACAGAUUAGUGGUGAUAGUGGCAUAUCGCGUAGAAAGAGAACACUCGACUGUGACUCUUAACUCAUUACCACGGAUUUCUCCCGGCAGUUUGACACAACAGCCAUCCUCGAUGAGAGGAGGCACAUGUCCAUUGCUGCCGCUGAAAAUGCAGGGCCUAGCCCGCGUGAAUUACAGGACCCGCUUUGGGUCAAAAUGAGUGCGAUUACUGGCAGCAUCAGCAAAAAAAGAAAGAAAUCAGAUGCCAAGCCUCAGUCGCAAAUUAACAAGUGCCUUAACGAAAAAAGACGACGGAACCAGGAGAACCUGUUUAUCGAUGAGCUUGCCGAGCUGAUUUCCGCCACGGACAUGAGCUCUGGCAAGACUGACAAAUGCCAGAUCCUUCAGAGAACCGUCGACCAGAUUCGGCACAUUAGGGAACAGGAAGGCUCGAAUAGUCAUGCCGUGCAACAGGGGGAAGUAUCUUCUUCGAAUCCUAACAUACUGUCCAACGAUCAAGUUGGUCCUAUUUUACUUGAGGCGCUAGAUGGUUUUUUGUUUGUUGUAAAUACGGAAGGACGAGUGGAAUAUGUAACAGAUAACAUAACGCAGUAUAUAAAUUAUACGAAGGAUGAUGUUCUUGGCAAGGAUAUUUAUAAUAUUAUUCAUCAUGGAGAUCAUAACACCUUUAUGCCGAGUUUGUUGCCUAUGCAGUUAGGCUGGACGAACGAGCAACAGCCCCAAAGAAACCGCACCUUCAAUUGUCGCUUCUUGGUGAAGCCUCCGGAUGAUAAAGAAGAGACUAUGGAAGAAAAGCAGCAGCGAGUAUCGAAAUACGAAUCUAUGCAAAUCUGUUCAGCUCUUUUGCCAAAUAAUAGCGAUCGUCUGGAGAGCGGUGACGUAUCUUCCGAAUCUUCGGACAACGGUCCUUGCGUAAUGUGCGUGGCUCGUAGGAUACCCCCGAACGAAAAGCCCAUCGGUACGCCCAUCGAGCAAUUUACCGUCAAGUUGGACACCACGGGAAAGAUUAUCGCGGUUGAUGUUAUCUGGUUGUCGUCUCCUUACUCUGAGUACCUAAGCAAGGUAAGCAAGGAACUGAUUGGCACUGCGAUAAAGGAUUUGUGCCACCCUCAUGAUCUCAAUAAGUUAACAGCACAUUUGAACGAUACACUUCAAGUCGGUGAGAGUACCAGUGGUGUAUAUCGAUUACGCGUUAGUCCUGAUAAGUUCCUUAACAUUCAAACAAAGUCAAAACUUUUCAAAGCGAAUGUGAUGAAUACACUUGUUACCGACUUCAUUAUGGCUACCAAUACCAUUAUUGGGGACAAUGACUUAACGCCUAUCGAGGGUGGUCAGCUUUCCAACAACAAAGUGUGCUCCGGACACUCUAGUAACCGUUGUGCGAAUAAUAGUAAUAAUAAUAAUGGUAACAAUAACAAUAACGUGGGUGGCCCGCUGAUGUCCGCGGUGGCGCAUCUGAACGGUCAAGUGAGUGGUAUGAGUAGCCGGGGGUUGGCGGGCACGUCGUCGCACACCGGCGGUGCGACAUCCUCGAACUCGAUAGUGUUUAGCGCGGCCGAGUCGUGCAACCCCCUGCCGUCGCUAACUACCAGUAAUCCGUUCAACCACUUUUCGGGGAACAUGGACUUGGAAUUCGAGCUGUUCCCCAGUUCCACCUGGGACUUGGACAGCAGCAGCGGGUGGGCAGAUAGGCCCGAGUCGAGAGCGAGCGGGCCACCGAAUUCACGACCAUCUUCCCAGCCAGCCCCGACAUCUCCGAGUCCCCAGGGAACCUUCUCUAAUUCGGCGGUGGCGCCUCACUGCAGUCCCCUACGCGCGUUCAGCCCGACCUCGGCCAACGCCGCUCACACCUUCAGUAAUUCCUUCUCCCUCAGUCCGCUUCAGGAAUCGACCUCCUCGUUGACGAACAGCGCUGCUAGUAGUAGCGUUAGCGCCAACGGAGCGGCGCCCGGAUUGACGCCCAAGAGGCAGGACGAAGGGAAGAGCACCGCCACCGGUUGCCCGACCACCGCCAACCAGUCGGUCAUCGAGGGAAACAACGCGAGGACCAAUCCCGCCUCCGUUGCUGGGACGCCGGCACAGCCACCGACCGCGGCUCAAACUACCGCGACCGUUGUCGAAACUCAGAACAGUGUCGUGUCCACCGAGUCCGGUAGACUGAGAAACUUGUUGACCAAGGGCGGUAGUGCUAGUGAAGAAACUCAGGACAAUACGAGUAACGAUACCGAGAGCCAAAAUAAGCAUAGGAUAUUAAAGAUUUUGUUGAAUCAACAAGAUGAGGACGAUUUUCAUCCGGAGCAUAAUAACAAAGUGCGCACGAGUCCUAGCAACAUGCCCAAACCGAGCAUGGAGCAUUCGAAAUCGUCGCUUGGAAAUAAUAUGCUGUUACAGCUAUUGAACGAAAAGAACGACGACGAGGACGAGGAGGCUCGCGCCGGUUUAAAAAAGAGGAACGAACUGUUGCAACAACUUCUGAAAGAUCAAGACGAUGAGAGGAAAGUACAGGAACAACACUGUAAGCCGCAAAGGGAAGAGGAUUCUCUGUUACGGAAUCUUGGAUUUCGGAACACCACGCCAUCACCGUCUCAAUCGGGUGACAACGUUGGACACAGUUCCAGUCAGGUUGGUCAGAAGAGACCCGGCGAAGAUGGCGACUUGAACAUAGCCGCGAAGCGACCUAUGGAUGGAUCUCACCAAGUUUCUUCUUCGGGCACGUCCACGAAUGCGACCAGUAAACUCUGGGAGAGGAAUAAAAUGUUAGCUUCGUUGUUGGCUAAGCAACCUCCUCAGCCAACCACUAUACCGCCAAUACCUGCAUCUGUGAUAUCGGCAACACCACAAGAUAAGCUGGUCCGCAUAGGAUUGAAAUCGCAACAGCCACAGCCACAAACGCAGUCUCAAUCGCAGCAGCAGCAACAGCAGCAGCAGCAGCAGCAACAACAGCAGCAGCAGCAGCAACAGCAGCAGCAGCAACAACAACAACAGCAGCAGCAGCAGCAGCAGCAACCCUGGACAGGUAGCAGUAUGCAGUCGGUCGGUGGUAAUAAUACGAUUACGACAACCGCAACUUCUGCACGAACACCGCUCCAAACACAGUCGAGACAACUACCUCAUCGUCAAACAACCAAUACCUACCUCACUCAUAUGCUAAGUCAGCAACAAAGACCUCAAAUGGGUCAAAUGGAUUCGGAAUUUACGAGCAGCGGAGAGUAUCGUCAAACAAGCACGGAUCUUAAUACUUGGGAUAAUCAAUCGUCGGAUCCCGAUCUUUCCGAUAUUUUAGAUCAAGUUAUCGAAUUCGUUCCGGACGAAGCUAUUACAGAUUCGUCUGCGAUAGCAAAUCUCCUAGAUGUAACCGAAGCGCCGCAAAACAACGCGAUGAACGAGACGAUGGCGAUAAACGCGAUACAGAAGUCGUUGAUGUUAUGCGAGACUGCCGUAAAUCCAACGUCUUCCACCAUAACAAUUCCUAGCACGCCUCCAGCUUAUUCCACCGCAUUGGGCACCACACCUGUAACGACGAGUCAUAGUUACCAGCCACCUCCUAUGUAUCAGCAACAGCCGAGGAUGAGGUUUAACACGCAACCGGGGAUCAGGCAGACGACUGCUCAAUUUACGCAACAGCAGCAAUUACAACUGCAACAGCAACGGACGAAAUUGAUACAGCAGCAGCAGCAGCAACAACAACAAUUGAAACAGAGGUUGCUGCAACAACAACAGCAACAGCAAUUACUCAUUCCUUCCAAUGCUACAGCUCCGGAACAAAUUACCACCAUUCACAAUAUCGAUAACCUUCUGAACAAUACUGUUGCGCCAAACGUAUCGUUACAGCGGUCGAGUGUACCAGAUUCACAAGUGUCUCCAGGUUAUGGGGGAUCCGUCCAGAUGCCUUCCGGUCACCGACUUGCACAUUCUUAUUCUCAUCCUUCGACGUUACCACAACAUCCUAUCGUAAACAGUAAUUUUAACAGUGGUCAACAAGUGUCUGCGGCAGCACGACUCUCGCCUCAUUCUUCCGCUGGUAUUUUGUCAUUUUCGCAUCCGCAACCGUUGUCACCACGAGUGACGCAAGGCAACUAUGGUAAUACCCCGAGAUUAUUCACCGUUAACCAGGUGAGAACGCAGCAACAAUCUACCGCCCAGCAACAAUUGCAACAACAACAGAGAUCGAUGCCGUCACCAGGGACUCCGGCAUCUGCUCGGCAAUCUCCGUUUCCGGCGGAAACUUUCCCUCCACCUACGUCUCCCACUGCUACCCAAUUUCCACCUGGCCCUAACCCUGGUGCUCCAAAUCCUUCUGCCCAAUAUCGAUUGCAACGGACCACGUCUACACCUUCGGCCACGACUCAAUUGCCAGGUGGGGUAGGUUCGCCCCGGCACUACGGCGGAGUGAGUAAGGAACAACCCCUUCUUUCACCUAGUCAUCCACAUUCGGGUUGCAACCCGGCAACACCGACUCAUAAUCAACACAACGUAACGAAUACCCAACAACACUUCUCCAAUCAACAACAUUCUUCUAUGAUAUACCACACCGCCAAUACUAUCAACACAGCUGACAUGCAGAACAAUCAGUUCUGUUACGAUCGGACGACUGUUCCACUCUAUUCGUCAGGGCCUGGGGACACGCAGGACGCCAGGCCUUUGCCUCCCGGUAAUCCUGUCAAUCACCAAUUGGGUGGAAACGCUAGCAGUACGUCGGAAUUUGUAAGGCAAGAAUUGAGAAGAGCGAUCGUUGGGGCGCGAACGCAACAACAACAGCAACAAAGGAUACCUAACAACAUUCAGAACAACUUAUCCGGACAAGUAUCGCAAGAUGAUCUCGAAGCACUCGGUUUAACGUUUGAAAUGUCUUCUGCAGGUGAGGCUGUGGUUAGUGAUGGCCCUGCCAAGAGCUGGGCCAUUGGGAGUACCGGAAGUGCCCCCUCGUCCUCCAGGACUUCUAUGGAGGAAGUGGCUCGAGGUGAUCCAAAGGUGAAUCAAUCGUCCCUGUUACAAAAACUGUUGUCCGAGUGACUGCCGGCCAACAUUCUGCACGGUAAAGGGAUCUAUAUAAUAUACGUUUAAAUACGAGACCAGAAACAGGAAGAAUGAAAACAGGAAUCGAGGAUCGUAGCAAAGAAGAAAAUAUAAAUAGGGAAAAAAUAUUGAUCGUACAUACGUGCAUAUACACCUUAUACGUAAUGGAUACUAAUUGUAUUAUAUGUAAGCGUUGCAACACACGAAGUCAGUAUUCAGAUACGUAUCACCAAAUACAAUGUUGAAAGACGAUUAAAAGAAAUUAAAGAAGCUAGAUAAACGCAUCGUGCUUUCCGUUCCUCUUUUGCUUUGGUAUUGUUCAAAAUCGCGAAACAAGAUGUCAUGGAAAUAUCGAAUAUCGAUAUUUAAUCUUAUUCGAACUCGAAGGACCAAAAGUUUCUCGUUUCCCGUUUGGCUGUGUCGAGAUUUUUUCGAUGAAUGUAUUAGCUUAUUCUCGAUCUCGUUGAGAUGAAUAAUCUGUAUUUUGCGCAAGGGAUUAAUCGAGAAGACUGUAUGAAUCUAUAUUGAUGAACGAUCGAAAUACGAUCAAUGGAUCGGAAAUUCAAGAAAAGAAUUUGAAACAUUGAUUUCGCGAUUCGAUGAAAAUAGGUAUACAAGGACCGCGGAGAGCACGAUAAUUUUAUAUAUAUAUAUAUAUAAAAUAUACAUAUAUGAGUAUGUAUAUAUACAUAUAUAUAUAAAAGAAAGAAAGCCUUUUUCGGGAAAUCUUAGCUUCGAAUGAUAUUUGAGUAUAAAUAUAUAAAUAUAUAAAUAUAAAAAUAUAAAAAUAUAAAAAUAUAAAAAUAUAAAAAUAUAAUACCGACACGAUGGAUUGACGGCCGUGUAACUCUUAUGUUCAAGGUUGCUACGCAUUGUCGUCAGUAUUGUAUUUGGUAUCAUUUGAAGAAACUACGUAGGUACCUCAAAGGUAUACUUUAUUAUACCAUUGGCUGUUUGAACAUAGAACUAUUUAUAGGUUUAAUUAUUGUACACAAGAGGAUGAUGAAAAUGAAAAUGAUGAUAAAGAGGAAGAAAAAGAAAGAAAACAAAUAGAGCACUAUUUCACGUAUUCUCUUAAUUUAACGAUCCUUUUUGACUAUUACAUUUAUGAAUAAUAUAUUUGUGAUUGUAAGAAUCUGCAACCAAAAUGUGACAAAGAAUACUUGUUGUUGUUAAUAUGAUUAUAACUAUUAUUAUAAUAAUAAUUAUUUUAUUUUAUUUUA